GAUGCUGGGAGUUGGAGUCCACAGCGUCGGGGACUCCCUGUCAGAGGGAACACGCUGCCCUCUCCCUCCCUCGCUGCCUGCCUGCUCCUAGGGGGCCGCUGGUAGCCCUUGCCCAGCGCCUCCCGCCCCAGCCCGGCCCUUUCUCCUCCGAGGGAAGGAGGGCCCUCUCCAGGGCGCGGCGGGCAAGGCAGGCCCGGAAGUGAGGCCCCGCUCCAGGCCUCCUCCUCCUCCUCGGGAUGCCGCCGCCUCUACGCCUCCGACUGCAGCCGCCGGGGCCCCGGCCAUGAGCGAGGUGGUGGAGCGGACGCUGAGCGCCCUGCCCGGCUUGCUGGGGCAGCAGGAGCCGGGGGGCGCUGCUGGGCUCGGCGGCGGCGCGGGCGGCAGCUCGGCCACCUCUCGGCUCGGCGGCCUCAUCCGGAGCAUCACCGCCCUCGCCUCCAAACAUGAGGAAGAAAAAUUAAUCCAACAAGAAUUGAAUAAUUUAAAAGCGACCGUUUCUGCACCCAAUACAACACUGAGAUUGAUGAAGGAAUGUAUGGUGAGGCUGAUCUAUUGCGAGAUGUUGGGCUAUGAGGCCACUUUUGGCUACAUCCAUGCUAUUAAGCUGGCCCAACAAGGAAAUCUGUUUGAGAAAAGAGUUGGUUAUUUGGCAGUCUCUUUAUUUCUGCAUGAGAAUCAUGAGCUUCUGCUUCUGCUUGUGAACACAGUUGUGAAGGAUUUGCAGAGCUCUAACCUUAUGGAAGUGUGUAUGGCUCUUACGGUGGUGAGCCAGAUCUUUCCGCGAGAAAUGAUUCCAGCUGUCCUCCCGCUAAUAGAAGACAAACUUCAGCAUUCAAAGGAAAUCAUUAGAAGAAAAGCAGUUCAGGCUUUGUAUAAGUUCUACCUUAUUGCUCCCAACCAAGUCCAGCACAUCCAUGACAAGUUCCGGAAAGCACUUUCCGACAGGGAUGUGGGAGUCAUGGCUGCUUCAUUGCACAUUUAUCUCCAAAUGGUGAAGGAAGACUCCUCCGGAUACAAAGAUCUGACAAGCAGCUUUGUAGCGAUUCUAAAGCAAGUGGUGGGAGGCAAACUCCCUGUAGACUUCAACUAUCACAGUGUGCCUGCACCUUGGUUGCAGAUCCAGCUUUUAAGAAUAUUGGGGCUGCUUGGAAAAGAUGAUCCAAGGACCAGUGAAUUAAUGUAUGACGUCUUGGAUGAGUCUUUAAGGAGAGCAGAGAUAAAUCACAACAUUACGUAUGCAAUCUUGUUUGAAUGUGUCCAGACAAUUUACACCAUUUCCCCUAAAUCAGAUCUACUUGAGAAGGCUGCCAGAUGUAUUGGAAAAUUUGUCCUCUCACCUAAAAUUAAUUUGAAAUACUUGGGAUUAAAGGCCCUGACAUAUAUUGUCCAGCAGGAUCCUAUCCUUGCCCUUCAGCACCAGAUGACAAUAAUUGAGUGCCUAGACCACCCUGACCCUAUUAUUAAAAGAGAAACAUUGGAACUCCUGUACAGAAUUACAAAUGGGCAGAAUGUGACUGUCAUUGUUCAGAAGAUGCUUGACUAUCUAACUCAAAGCAAGGAGGAGUAUACCAUCAUCAACAUCGUUGGCAAAAUAGCAGAAUUAGCAGAAAAAUAUGCUCCGGACAAUGAAUGGUUCAUCCAGACCAUGAAUGCAAUAUUUUCCAUAGGAGGAGAUAAAAUGCACCCAGACAUCCCAAACGGCUUUCUACGACUCCUUGCGGAAGGAUUUGAAGAUGAGAAGGAAGAUGGCCAGCUGCGGCUUUAUGCUGUCCAAUCCUAUCUCGCACUGCUAGAGGUUGAAAAUGCCGUUUAUCCACAGAAAUUUCUUCAAGUGAUGAGUUGGGUGUUGGGAGAGUACUCAUACCUUAUGGAAAACGUGGAUCCAGAAGUUGUCUUGGCCAUUUUGCAUAGGAUCCUGAGGGGUCACGCCUCUUCAGAAACCAAAGCUUGGCUGAUGGCUGCAGCCACGAAAAUAGCCUCUCGGACCCCACGCUCGAAAACGGUUGACAAACUCAUCCAGGAGUUCGGUACCUCCCUGGAUACUUGUCUGAGGCAGUAUUCCUUUGAAUUAAAGCAUCUCUGUGAAAACAAGGAAUUGAUGAAGAAAGUGUUCCCAGUCGACGCUAGCUGUGAGGACAUAGUGGUCGAUGCUUCAUUGUCUUUCUUAGACGGGUUUGUUGCGGAAGGCCUGGCAUGUGGUGCAGCACCGUAUAAACCGCCUCACCAAAGGCAAGAGGAAAAGCUCUCUCAGGAAAAAGCUCUGAAUUUUGAACCGUACGGCUUAUCCCUUUCCCGGAGAUUCUCCGCGCCUGGCUUUUCUGGCAGGCGAUCUCCAACUGGCCUCUCUCUGGGUUCUGACAUCUCUGGGAAUAGUACUGAGACAGGGCAGAAGGAGACCAACAGUCUGAAGCUUGAUGGAGUGAAGAAACUCUGGGGGAAGGAAGGCUACCUCCCGAAAAAAGAGAGCCAGCUGGAAAAAGAAGACGGCAUCCAGCCUGUUACGCAGGGCAGCGCGUCCGGGGAGCAAAUCACGAGCCUAUCAGCGCCAUCCGAGCAAGCAGUUCCUGGCCUCUCAGAAGGGGAGAAAGAGAAGCAGCAGUUGGCGUUGACGCUCUUCGUUGGCCUUGGGACGCAAGGCAGCAUCAGUCUGAUGGGUAAAGCAGACUCAGCACCUCAGAAAUUCAAAAGGAAAUCAAAAAUAGGGGAAGUCCAACACAGUGAGGAGCCAUCCGACGUUGAGAGUGCUGCUGGCCCCUCUCUCACGCCUUUGCCCGAUGCGUUACCUAGGAAUAAGGAGCUCUUCCAAAACCAUGGCCAUGUACGCUUGAGGAAAGCUUCACUGAAUUCUUCCGAAACUUUGGAAUCCAAGGUGGUGCUUGAUAGGUCUCAUUCUCUGCCAGAAGCUGGACUCGAUGAGAAGCUUUCGGGUUGCCAAUUCUCUCCCGCCUCUCUGUUUGCGGAUGGCAACAUGGACAUUUUCCAGCCUUCUCCGAACACUCAGCCGGCAGCAAAGAAGCCUCUCUCUUUGAUGCCUUACUUACCAGACGAGAUCGCCAGACACCCUCAUUCGGAAAUGUUAGAACUGUGCAGUAAUGAAGCCCUCGCUUUCUACUCCUGCAAAGUCUGGAAAGAGGACUGCGUCCUGCUUUGCUUCUCUCUUGCCAAUAAGAGCGCUGCUGUACAAAAAGCCGUGAACGUGGACUUUGAACAGACCAAACAUUUUAAGAUCUCUGAAAGUCUUGGCUGCCGUUUUGCCGGAAUAGAAGCCCAGAGCACAGAGAGCUUCCAGAGGCGGGUAGAGAUGGUGGAGCUCUGCUCGGAGGGACUGCUCUCCGGCUCCAUGAGUUACCAUCUAGAUUCGGAGACACGCCUCAGGUUUUCAGUAAAGCUAGCCCUGUUGGAUUUUAUCAGUCUUCUCUUUCAGAAGGCUAUACAAGCACGCUGUGGUCCCUUUCUAAUCUCUGUUGGCGACCUCGCUUCCAGACCCCUGGAGAUGAGCACCGGAGAAUUUGGGCAACUGUGGCUCUCCUUUUCGAACGAUGUCAAGCAGAACCUGAAAACGGCCUCCCCUCCGCGAUCCCUGUCAGCCCUCCUCAGUCCCCUGCAGCACAAGCUGAAGCUCCACAUUGUCGAUAUGAUAGGUAACGAGGGCAUCGCCGCAUGCCAGUUGCUUCCGUCGGUCCCCUGCCUGCUGCACUGUCGUCUCCACGCGGGGAUGCUGGCGCUGUGGUUCCGCUCGCCCUGCGCGGCCCUUCCGGACUGCUUACUCUACCAGUGCCAGAAGGCGAUGGAAGAAUCCUGAGUUCCGCAGCGUGUCCGUUUCCGACGUCGCGGCCAGUGCGUGUGAGAUGAUGCUCACCAAAAGCAAAGCGAUCCCUGUUUCUGGGGGUUAAGAAGGGAGUUGUAUCGGCGUAGGCCCCGUGGACCCAGUCAGGACGUGGGGGAGACAGGUGUCUGCCAAAAUAAAAUGCACGGAAUAUAGUUUGGGUAGCUGUUUCUCUCUCUCUCUCUCUCUCUCUCUCUCUCUCUCUCUCUCUCUCUCUCUCUCUCUCUCUCUCUCUCUCUCUCUCUCAUAUAAUGUUAGAAGCCUGAAGCUAAAUCCUGGGAGAUUCAGGGCACACCAGAGGAAAGACUUUUUAACGGAAAGUAUAGUUGAACACUGGAAUUUGCUCCGCCAGAUGUGGCGAUGGCCACCUGUCUCGAUGGUUUAAAAAAGGAAUUAGAGAAACUCAUGAAGGAUAGGACUGUUAGUGGCUGCUAGCCGUGACAGCUGUAUAUUUUUGUCAGGAUCAGAGGUGGCAGGCCCCUCAACCUCAGGUGCUAAGAAGCACCAGUGAGAAGGGGUGAUUGCUCUCUUUUCCUUCUGCUUGUGGGCUUCUUGAGAGCUCCUUGCCGGUCGCUGCGUGAGGCAGGGCGCUAGGCUGGGUGGGCCUUGGCCUGAUGCAAUAAGGCUUUUCUGAACGAGACACCUUGUUAUGCAAACUCUGUAUUUUUCUAUUCUGCACGCAUAGGUCACAACAGUUUAUUCAUAGGAUCUACUACUGCUAAACUGCUUCGUUAACACAGCUUAAUGCAGAAGGUCUCUCUUAAGGCUCGUCUGCCUUUUAUUCCUGAGCUUUUUUUGAAGUGGCAUCUUAAACCGCCCACAGAGCACAAGCAGGAUUCUGACUCUUGAAUGGGGUGUCUGUAUGUGUGUCUGGUCACUGGAUCCUGUCUCAUAAGGAAGCUGCCGUGAGAGACCUUGUGACAUUCAGCGACCUUCAUGGUUGUAGGCUGCAAUACGGCUGCAUUUGAGUUAUAAUGGACCGAUAAGGACCAAGGUAUGAAGGCCAAGCUUUGGAAGCACAGUUCAUAGUUUGCUGUGCCUUGCAUAGGGGCCGACCGUGGGGCAGUGAACUUUCUGGGCUGCUGGGUUUGGUACCUGCUCCAAAUGGGAUUGCCGGGUCUCCCUCUAAGUUCCUUCUGAAUGUGGCUUGAGCAAGACCUUGGCUUACUGCAUGGUUGCAGUCCUGGUGCAUAUCUGAUUUUGGCUUCCAAAGUAUAAUAUACCCAUCAUGUUAUGACCGAGGUUGUCAGACUUGGGUCCUUGGAUGUUGUUGGACUACAGCUCCCAUCAUCCCCAGUCACAGUGGCCUUUGGGGGUGGUAGGAGUUGUAGUCCAGCAACGUCUGGGGACCCAGGCUUGAGAACUCCUGUGUUCUGGAGAAUCUCUGCUUUCAGUGUGGGAAAACUAGCAGGCAUGUAAACCAGAGGGCUUUGUUUGGUGUUCUUAAGGGCUUGCCCAUGAAGCUGCCAGAACUGUUGGCGCUUGUUUUUCUUUGAACAGCAGUUUCCAAGAAGUUUAUUAGCAGAAUGUAUUAACUACAUGGACAUUUGGGUUGUGCCCAAGGAAAAGUUAGUUAUGGCGAAGCAUAAUUGAAAUCAGUGGGUGGGUUGAUACGACCCACUGCAAAUAAAGGAAGGGAGGGGAAUCUUGUGGCAUUGUAGGUAACGUGUAGGUACAUGCUCCCAGCAGACGUGAUGUCUGAACUUGCCCAAGUCUGGUUCUCGCAUCAUGUUAUCACGAUUCUCCUGACUUCUGCCUGAUUUGUCUGCCCAACUUCAAAUCUUGGUGGCAGAUUUGGGCUCGUUUCCACUGCGUCGAAAGAACCUUCUGCGUUUCUGUGCACAUCCCUAACUUCAAGUGUUGCAUUGUUCUAGUGACUGGAAUCCAAGGAACCAUACAAUGUGUUCCACCAGCCAAAAAGGACUCUUGUUCCUCAAACAUCAGCACCGCCCCUAUGCCAAGUUGUUUUUGGAACUUUCAAUUUCCAAAAGCAGUUUGUGACUGUGAUUUUUCAUGGUGGCUCUGCUGUUCAAACGGGAGUGGAUCAGAAAUCCCACUGGCCAGGCUCAGGUGCUUGCAUGCGCCCAAAAUAGCUCUUCGGAAGCCGUGGAACAGAAGGCCACAUGCCACUUUAAAAGUCACCUUUGACUUAGCCAUCUUUUGAGUGUAAGCAGCAGCUUUUGCAAAGACGUUGCUCCCCACUGAGCGAAGUGAGCCUUCAUACAGAGACAACAGGAACAUGAUUUGCUGGCAAGCUAGGCACAUAUGACUUAACUAAUUCUUUCUUUCCCUGCCCGUGGUUGCCUGCUGUGUGUUAAGCACGUGAGGCGUGACCUUUAGUGACCGAAACAGAGCCGAAAUCUCACAAGUGGGAACGUAGGAACUUUGGUUGAAUGCUCUCCAUUCAGCUGUUGCAUUCGUUUCUGCUCUUCAAUAAAUGGGAGGAACUAUGACCCUCCGAAGGAGUUUGCAGUGCAGCAUAUGGGGCUUUUGCUGGGGGGGUGGGGGGCGGCCGGCAAAAGAUGGGUCGUGUCAGUCAUGUGGUUUUCUCUGCUUGUCAUCUAGGUUUCUAGCCCCACGGCUGGGGGUGGGAAUAAGUAGAACUGAACCAGCAUCUCGGACCCUAGGUGUCAUUUCUAAAACAUGGUAGGAAGGGAAUCUUCCCUUUAAAAUCUCAACUGACAUACCGAAAACAUUAAUAGACUUGUUAAUCUUCUAGUCACAGUAUUGAUGGCAUGUGAAGUGCUGACCUUGAUGUUAGAUUGGGAUAUUCUCCACGCUACCAGCCAUCUGUAAAGUGGAAAUGUGUGACUUUCUUUGCAAAACAAAGCUGUCUGGUGAGGUCACGUUUUUAGCACUGGAUGAUCAGCAGGCACAGCUUGGCUUUCUGCACUAUGAAACUAGUUUUUAUUUUCAAAAAUUAAGGCCCCAGGCUCUGUAACUCGAUGGCUUUGAAGCCUUCUUCUGAUAUGUCAGCCUUCAUAGGAGUCCUUUUGGCAUGAUCCUUAUGGAGAGAAACUGUAUACAUAUAUAUAGGAAGACGUUUAGAAAUUGGAUUUGUGUGUUUGUGAGUGACUGGCACUAAACUUGCAGGUUGCAUGGAUUACCUCAUGACAUGUGGAUACAGAAUGUUUGGGAUUGGCUGGAGACUGCACUAUAAAUAGCAACACUUGAGUGUUCAUAUGUUUUCAUCUAUUAUAUUAAUUCUCCUGGGUGUGCCUUGGAAUGUGCGUCCCAGAGCCCAGCUGAUUGGCUGGACGGCAGACGCGCCUGGUUGGCUGAGGCGCACCCAGGAGGAUUGGUUGCUGCGGCGGCGGCCCAGCCGUGGAGGCCAGAGGUGGUGGGCCCGGCCUGGCCGCGGAGGCAAGGCCGAGGAGAGGGGAAAGAGGGGGGAGAAGUGGCAGUGGGGCCCGGAAGCAGAGACUGGGGCAGAAGGGGGGGAGAGGUAACCGCCGGCCCCAAAGAGUGCACAGAUGCUCCGUGCGGGGUCGGCUAGUAAGUACUCAUUCCAUACUUCCUUUUCACACAGUGGUUUCCAAGUGUUCUCCUUUUCCUCUCACUUUGUCACCAAGGGUCUUGCGCCCGUCCAUUUUGAAUGUUCCGUUUCCAAGAGCUCCUUAGCAAAACACUGAAUUGUCAAAACAUCUGUAUUUUUUGUUUUUCAUUGUUGUUUAACUUCAACAAAAACACAGACUGGAUCCUUAGAGCCACGAUUGUCGUGGGGCUAAGUUACCAGAAAAUAAGGGUAUUCCCACGGGCCGCCUAGAAGGGUAUAACCUUAGGUAUAAUAAGGGUAUAACCCAGGAGAAGGCAGCCCAGCCAGGGUUAGGCUGCAUGUGUGAAGUGCUGCCCCCACACCAAGCCCCACUUUUUAACCCGGCGUUUAGCCAAGGAUAAGCGCGCCUAUGGUUCACUGAACCUUGGCCGAUGAUCGUCUGGGCGAUCGCCACUGGGUUAAUCCCCCUGGCCCGCUGCCAUUUUGGGCAGCGAGCCGGGGGGAAGGAUCGGCCGUGCCGAGCAUGGUGGCUGGUCUAACGAGGGCAACCACCGUGCUUCUGCCCUGGUGCACCUUGGGGUGCGGUGGGGGCAGGGGGAGUCCUGCCACUCCCAGCCUCUCCCUCGGCCGCACCAUUGCUCGUGUGGCCUUGGUGCGGCAGAGGGGAGGAUGGUGGCUGCCCGGCUGCCAGGGAAGACAGGUGAUCUCCUGCAUUCAGCGCAGCCUGCCCUUCCUCCCCAGCGAGGCCGCGCGAAAGACCUCUAUGACUGUUGUUCUUCAGAUGAAAUUGGGGGGCCACAGAAAACCAGAUGUUCUGCAUGUUGUUUUCCCUUUUCGUUCUCUUCAAGGGAGCCACCUUUAGGACAUGAGCCAGCUGGAGUGGUGGGUACUAAAUUUGGUGUAUGGAGGGGUCGGGUACUUCUGGAAUGUUCCCAGUGCCCCAGGAAGUAAGUCCGUACAUGGUUUCCCGUUCUCUUUUUGUAGAUGGGUGAAAACAUUUUUACUCCAUUGGCCACAGGAGCUCAUAGGAACAUAGGAAGCUGCCACCUACGGAGUCAGACCAUUGGUCUAUUGGGCUCAGUAUUGUCUUUGCAGACUGGCAGCGGCUUCUCCAAGGUUGCAGGCAGGAAUCUCUCUCAGCCCUAUCUUGGAGAUGCUGCCAGGGAGGGAACUUGGAACCUAGAUGCUCUUCCCAGAGCGGCUCCAUCCCCUGAGGGGAAUAUCUUACUGUGCUCACAGUUCUGGUCUCCCUUUCAUAUGCAACCAGGGUGGACCCUGCUUAGCUAAGGGGACAAGUCACGUUUGCUACCACAAGAGCCGCCGUAGCCUUUGACGUUUGUGUUAAUUAGUUUGCCUUGCUCCUGGUGUGUAUGAAUCCUUGUGAAGCGGUGUCUUGCCUUUUGCAAGGCACUCCGUAAAUAUUGUAAAUACACACAGUAAAGCAAUGCAUACGUGCCCGCGGGAUCUCACCCAGUUUGGGGGGCGAGGGCAGGAUUGGGCUGUACCUUUCGCAGGUGUCCCAGACCGCGGCCCGCCUCCAUUCACUUCAAUGGCAGGACGCCAGGCUGCUGUUUUGCCCUGUGUGGAGGCCAUGAGGGCAGAAGUGCAGCCUGACCAGCAGACAGAAGCCAGCGGGCUAGACUUCUACACGCAAGCACAGCUACUUCUCCACUCUGCUGCUGUCCUCCUAAUGGAGGGGUUUACUAAAAUGCACUCAACAGUCACCAUAUUAACCUGCAGCCAGUAAUGUAUACAUGUCUAUUAAUGUUUAUGCAUCACGGAUAGAAAUGGAAGCCUGCCUCGUGGAGUAGUUGACACUCUGGGAAAUAUUUCUUCCAUGUUCUGUGUAUUUCGGACCGAGAGGCUAGAACGAAGCAACAUCCAAUGCGCUGCAGUACUUGUGAAGCGACUAUUUCUGGCCUAUGCCGUUUUCUACCACUUGUGCAGCCUGGUGUUUAGCAUCUUAUGAUGUCAAACCAGCCGUCCCCAAGCUGUGGCACUCCAGCCGUUGCUGAACUACAAUGCCCAUCACCCCCAGCUACAGUUUAUUGUGGCUGGGGAUGAUGGGAGUUGUAGUUUAGGAAUAGCUAGAGUGCCACCGCUUGGGGCACCCGUGCUAGUCCUGCCUUUUGCACACUUACAAACCCCGAGCUCCUUUUUACACUUUGAAUAUAUUUUUUAAUUCUAACGCCCAGCUAUUUAUCUGUCAGUCUACAGAACUGGAGCGAACCAUCAAAAGCCUUAUGUUUGCGCAACAUAAAUGGAUCUGCUUCACUUGUACCUGUGGUACACUCUCUUUAUUUUUAAAUUGCCAAUGGAAACUGGUUACCCUGUAAUUUAAAAAGGUGUGGCAUAAUAAAAUGUCCUGCUGUU